UCAUUCUGUCGAUGCACACACAUAAGUACGGCAGCGCCACUGACACGAACCCAAACAACCUGAUAUUUAUCUAUCAAAAAAUACGGUGUGCCAGCAUUUCUCUAAGGCUAUGAGCCAUAUACCCUUUUCUUGGAAGUGAAAUAUGCAGGCUAAUGCUUUGCCUCGUAGAAGACACAUCAUCACCAAUUUAUAAUGGCCGCAUCAAGGUGCAGAAUUUUGGUGAAGGGCAGUAUUGAAAGGGUUGCACAUUCCCUUCUUGCCAGCCCCAAGGCCAGGAACUCAGAGGUUUGGACGACGCCUGCCGGCCUUUCUUACGUCUUUUCCAGAUUACAUUCGCAAUGUAGAGUUUGUCAUAGAGGAUUUACCUCCAGCAUUUUAUAUGAGGCAAAAGGAACCUUAUGGAAGACGUACAAUUCUAAAACGAGCUGUUUGUUCCUUGCAAAUGAGACAGUCUCGCACCAUGCUCGAAUUGCCUGGAAACGGCUGCUUCAGAUUCAUUCAAGCUGCGGAUCAAUUCUGCCACCGAUAAGUAGGAUUACAUGUGUGAUGAGCCUUGCUUUGUCUCGCUCACAUCUGGUAUCUCCUGGCAUUUUGGCCUUCCUUAUCGGACAGCUAGCAUGGAAGCAAAGUGUGGUUGCAGAAGCAGAAGGCUUCACAUCCCCGGAAUCGCUCUACAUGCAUGCAAAGGAUGGACAUAUCUACCUGACUUCAUUUGUCUUCUUGCUUUUAGAGGGCUUGAUAUUGCUCUCAAGAGCAGUAUACUUAGCGUUUCUGUUCUCCCCCUGUAUACUAAUGGCUCCUUUUGCAGACUCCCUUGGUAUUGAGUUUAGGAAGAAGUGGCUUCGCGCUGUGAGAAAAACUCUAGAGAAGGCAGGUCCAGCAUUCAUUAAGUGGGGUCAAUGGGCGGCAGCAAGGCCAGAUCUCUUUCCAGAUGAUAUGUGUAAUGAACUUGCAGAACUCCACUCUAAGGCACCAGCACAUAGCUAUGCAUAUACAAAAAGAAGCAUUGAAAAGGCAUUUGGACGCAAGCUGCCUGAAAUAUUCGAAAAUUUUGAGGAGGAGCCGGUCGCAUCGGGUAGUAUUGCUCAAAUUCAUCGGGCCACCUUGAAAUUCCGAUAUCCUAGACAACGGGUUAAACCCAUUCGUGUCGCUGUCAAAGUUAGGCACCCAGGCGUUAGUGAAUCUAUCAGGAGGGAUUUCGUAUUAAUUAACCUGUUUGCAAAAGUUUCAAAGGUCUUCCCAACUUUGAAGUGGUUAAGACUGGAUGAAAGCAUACAGCAGUUUGCGGUCUUUAUGAUGUCUCAAGUUGAUCUUUCUAGAGAAGCAGCUAACUUGAGUCGUUUUAUAUACAACUUCCGCAGAUGGAAGGAUGUAUCAUUUCCCCGACCUCUAUAUCCAUUGGUGCAUCCUGCGGUUUUAGUGGAAACCUAUGAAGAUGGUGAAAAUAUCUUGCGCUACAUUGAAGAGCUUGAAGAACGUACUACAGAGUUCGAAGGAUGUGACAGCAUCCGAAGUGCCCUUGCGCACAUUGGGACUCAUGCACUACUGAAGAUGAUGUUGGUGGACAAUUUCAUACAUGCAGACAUGCAUCCUGGGAACAUUCUUGUUAGACCACCGCAAGACAGAGCUUCAGGUAAAGGACUUUUCAAAUCGAAGCCUCAUGUGGUCUUCCUAGACGUGGGUAUGACUGCCGAGCUAUCUAAUAAGGAUCGACUCCUUCUGCUGGAGUUCUUUAAGGCUGUGGCACUACGAGAUGGCCGUUCUGCCGCAGAAAGUACUCUUGGACUAUCUAAAGAACAGAGCUGUCCGAACCCAGAGGAAUUCAUCAAGGAUGUGGAGGGAACUUUUGACUUUUGGAGGACACCUGAAGGGGGUGGCGUUCAUCCGGCGGAUUGCAUGCAACAAUUGCUUGAGCAAGUUAGACGUCAUCGGGUGAACAUUGAUGGCAACAUUUGUACUGUGAUUGUGACUACUUUGGUGUUGGAGGGAUGGCAGCGGAAACUGGAUCCGGAAUACAACGUGCUGCAGACAUUGCAAAAGUUGCUUUUCAAAGAAGACUGGGCAGAGUCUCUCUUUCACACAAUCGGAGGGCUGAUGGCCCCAUAAAAAAAGGCUUUCCAACCCAACCCAGGGAAAACGAUUCCACAAUUUUGAUGGAGUAAUAUACAGUAAAGAGGAGAAAUGUAUACACAGCGUCUGGCGAUAGAGAAUAAGGAUGUAUGCCCUUCAUCUUUUUAAGAUUUUAAAAUCAGAUUAGCUCUAACCUCGAAUUCUUAACAUUGUUUCUUAUUUAUUUUUCAUCACAGUGUGAGAUGAUAAUAAAUACUUAUCAAGAAUGUAUUGAUGAAGAGUGUUUGGGACCAAUUGAUUGAAAUUGAUGAGAAUUGAGAGCAACUAGCAGGAUUCUUCCAUAUGGUUUAGAUGCUGAGCCAUAUGUCUCUUUAUGUAUCAAACCCAAGGAACUGGGAGGAAAAUAUUGUAUUAAUCCAACAUUUAGAUAUUCAAAUGAUUGGAUCCGUGGGUAUAGCCUGGUGGUUAAUGAAGUGGGAGGAGAACCAUGAGGUAUCAGGUUCAAAUCCGAGCAGAGGCAAAGAAAAACUAGGUGAUUUCUUCCCAUCUGUUUAAACUUCAAAUCCGAGCAGAGGCAAAGAAACACUAGGUGAUUUCUUCCCAUCUGUUUAAACUUUGGUGGAUAGAGUUGCUGGUUAUUGUUUUAGCAGGUACCCGAUGAAAUAGUCGAGGUGCGUGCAAGCUGGUUUUGACCCCACUGUAUAGAGAAAAGCACCCAAAUGGUUAACUUAUGUCCCUCUUAAGGACAUUAUGUUCAAUAUACUUUGGUAUAUCACCUAGUUAUCACUGUGGGAAUCAGGAAUCUGAUGAGUUUUUUUUAUGGCUCAAUUUGCGAAAUGUGCAUAGCUCAAAUUGGCCUAAACUUUCAGCGAGCUAACCUUGAUAUACUCGAAAUGA